CGGAUACACAGUAAGGUCGUUUGCCAAUGAAGGUUUGCUUGAGACAUACCAGGAACUCAACAAGGACAAUGUCUGGGCCGCCGUCGUGUUCGAUACCUCUUCUAAUGACUACUCGGCCGCCAUACCAGAUCAAGUCAAGUACACCCUGAGGGUAGCGCGGGAAAACGCAGACGACAGAUGGCGCACUGACAACACGUACCCCUUCUUCAGGGUCCCUGGUUACAGAAACAACCUACAAUUUGGAGGAGAACCUAAUUAUUACAAGACCGGCUUCCUCAGCCUCCAGUAUGAAGUGGGUCGCGCCAUUAUUAACAGGAGAUCAGGGAACACCAACUUUGACAACUUGGACUUCUACAUGAAGAAGAUGCCGUACCAGGACUUCAUUAAGGACAAUCUUAUCAGCGUACUACAGAUCUGGCUCCCAUUCUUCAUCAUGCUCAGCUUCAUCAUCACCGCUCUGCAGACGACAAAAGGUGUGACGUAUGAAAAGGAAAAGAGACUGAAGGAAUCUAUGAAGCUGAUGGGUAUGAGUGAAGCCAUGUACUGGGCUGCAGUCUUCGUCAAGGCCAUGAUAUUCCUGCUCCUGGCCUCGGCAUUCUUCAUCCUCUGUAUGUUUGUGAAGGUGGGAGACAAUGGCCGUGUGUUCAACGCCUCGGAUGCUUCCCUCAUCUUUGUCUUUUUCAUAAUUUAUGACAUUUCUCUCAUCACCUUCUGUAUAAUGGUCAGCACUUUUUUCAGUAAAGCUAACACCUCGGCCUACGCAGGUGGUCUUUUGUAUUUUGGAUUCUUUUUUCCGUGGUUCUUCUUAAACACAGAAUACGAAACUAUGACUACAGGAGCAAAAGUUGCCUCCUGUCUUCCCUUUAAUACAGCAAUGGCGAUGGGAUUCAACAUCAUCGGAAUUCACGAGGGCACAGGUGAGGGCGCUCAGUGGAGUAACUUUAACAAGCCGCCCUCUGUUGACGACAAUUUCUCCCUGGGCGGAGUGAUGCUGAUGCUGAUCCUAGACAUCGUCAUACAUCUUCUUGUCACGUGGUACGUUGGAAAUGUUUUCCCGGGAGAAUUUGGAAUUCCCAGACCGUUCUACUUUCCAUUCACGCGAUCUUACUGGGGAUGUUGUGACAAAACAGAGAAAGACUUUGACAGAGACCUCCGCCAUGACACCAGUAAUCCAAAGUUCUUCGAACGCGAUCCACCAGAACUUAAGCCUGGAAUCAAAAUACUGAAACUCAGAAAGGUGUUUGGUCGAGGCAGGAAGAAGAAAGUGGCCGUGGAGGGGACGACACUGAAUAUUUAUGAGGGACAAAUCACUGCUCUAUUGGGUCACAAUGGCGCCGGCAAGACCACCACCAUGUCGAUGCUAACAGGUUUCCUACCUCCAACCAGCGGCACGGCCAAAGUCAACGGAUAUGACAUAAUGACAGACAUUGACAAGGUCCGACAGAGCAUUGGACUGUGUCCGCAGCACGACAUCUUGUUUGAGUCUAUGACGGUCGAGGAACAUCUGUAUUAUUUCUGCAAGCUGAAGGGAACUCCAGCGAAGGAUAUCACCAAUGAAGUCAGGGAAAUGAUCAAAGUUUUAGGAAUGGAGGCAAAAACACACUAUGCAGCUGGAAACCUUUCAGGUGGACAAAAACGAAAAUUGUCCGUGGGAAUCGCCAUCAUAGGUGAUUCUAAGAUAAUAAUUCUUGAUGAGCCCACAUCCGGUAUGGACCCAGCAGCACGGCGACAGACCUGGGAUAUUCUCCAGAAAUUCCGGGAGAAAAAGACCAUGGUUCUCUCAACGCACUUCAUGGACGAGGCGGACCUGCUGGGAGACAGGAUCGCCAUCAUGGCAGAGGGUGUGGUCAAGUGUUGUGGCACCUCCCAUUUCCUGAAGAAAGCAUUCGGGGCGGGGUACCAUCUGGUUAUGGUGAAAGAUAAAUCAUGUAACGUUGCUGAGGUGACAAAAUUAGUCCAGUCCCACGUUUCCUCUGCUGUACUCGAAAGUGAGAUCAGCGCCGAGUUGUCUUAUCUUCUGCCUUUCGAUCAAUCAGAAACCUUCUCUCAGCUGUUUAUGGACGUGGAGAAAAAGAAGUCUUCUCUAGGAAUCCAAAGUUUUGGGACCACGGCCACCACAAUGGAGGAAGUCUUUCUAAAAGUUGGAGAAAGUGGGCAAGAGGACGUCGAGGAAGAGGCGGAAAGACUGAAUGCGCAAGCGCACGCGAUUCAGCAAUCUCAACAAAAUCUUGCCUUUGUACAUGAAGAGGGUGAUAAAAUCCCCAUGACAGACGUCAAAGUUACGGUCAAUGGGGAGGUGAACGGGGAGGUGAAAGAGGUGAACGGGGAGGCGAAGACGAACGGUGACGUCAGCUUAUCUAAGUACACAGAGUUUAAUAAGGAGAUAAAGAAAAAUGGUGGAAUGGCGCUUACCUUUCAGCAAUUUAAGAGUAUGAUCAUCAAAAAAGCCAUACAUUCCUGGCGAAAUCGAAUCGUGACGUUUGUGCAGCUGGCACUUCCGGUCAUCUUCACCAUCCUUGCCCUCGUGAUCGAGCUGAACGCCUCAGAAUUCUCAGAGGAGCCUUCCUUGCCCCUCAAUCUGGCCAAUUUUGAGAACCCUGUGACGAUCUACAACAACCCUACCAACGAUAUUGCCGGAAAAUACAAGGACUUGUUCACGUCGACAGAGGACGCGUCCUCGGCGGCGUCAUAUGAUAGAUACGUCAUCGACAAAAUGAAAGAGGUGGGGAUGUCGGUCUACAGUAAGAGGUACAUCGUGGGUCUGGACGACAGUAAUCCUAAUACAACCACUUACUUCAAUGGCGAUCCCUUCCAUAGCCCCGCUAUAGCGCUUGCCUUCACCCUGGAUGCCAGUCUGAAACAAUAUGGAAGCAGUGCGAUGGGUAUACAGACAAAUAAUCACCCAUUCAAACGCAGCCUGGAGGACAACAGCCAGAGAGCGGCGGGAACCGCCGGCAGCGGGUUCUCUAUUGCGUUUGUCAUUCUGUUUGGUGUCUCAUUCCUGACUACAAGCUUCAUCUUGUUCCUGAUCAAGGAGCGCGUGUCUGGCGCCAAACAUCUACAAAAGGUUAGUGGUCUGAGUUCCCUGACUUACUGGCUUGCCAAUUUUGUAUGGGAUUAUAUAAACUAUCUAAUUCCCGCCAUUUUGAUGGUCGUCUGUUUCGCGGCCUUCCGACCUGACGCUUAUUUUCUGGGCGAGCCUUCCCGAAUCAGCUUGAUCCUGUUGGUCUAUGUUCUGUUUGGCUGGGCCUCCCUUCCUUAUACGUAUGUCCUCCAUUACCUGUUUAAGACCCCGGCUACGGGGAUGGUGACCAUCACAAUGUUAAACAUCCUGACAGGUCUAGCAACGACACUGGCCGUGUUUUUACUGAUGGUCCCGACCUUUGGAACACAAAACAUUGCUCUUCAGUUGGACUGGAUCUUUGCCCUUAUUUUCCCACACUAUAAUCUGGGCUCCAGCAUCAUGAACAUUUAUACCAACUACCAAUACAUAAACACAUGCGAGAGCAGUAACUACCAGCUCACGUGUCAAAUUCCUGGCCGGGAGACCGGAAGUUGUUGCAUGGAUAAAUGUGGUACCAGUUGUCUGAGAUUCGUCCUUGACUACCUCAGCAUGACCUACCCUGGGAUCGGGAAAUACGUCCUGCUGAUGGUCAUACAAGGCGCCGUCUACCUCCUCCUGGUCACGCUAGCAGAACUUAACUUCUUCUACUGGGUCAUGUAUAAAUUAAGAGGAAAACAACACACGGCCCAGGUGUUCUCCGAGGAGUCUAUGGGAAGUGACGAAACAGAGGACGAUGACGUCAAGAAUGAACGGAAAAGGAUCAACGCAACAGAAAUAUCAAAGCUACAGGAGACAGAUGCUUUGGUCCUGAAGAACCUAGCCAAAAACUACGGAAAUUUCCGAGCGGUGAAGGGGGUCAGCAUCGGUAUUCCUCGACAGGAGUGCUUUGGUUUACUUGGACAGAAUGGUGCAGGAAAAACGACUACCUUUAAGAUGAUGACCGGGGAUGAAAUUGUUACCGGCGGGAACGCCUACCUAAAUAAAUACGACGUAAAGAAUCAUAUCAAAGAGGUCCAACAGAAUCUCGGGUACUGUCCACAAUUCGACGCAUUGAUUGAUCAGAUGACCGGAAGAGAGAUCCUAUUUAUGUUUGCGCGCCUGCGCGGAGUUCAGGAGCAGUAUAUAGAUCGUGUUGUAAUGGAACUGAUCAAAGUUUUAAUGCUGGAGAAGUAUGCGGACAGACAAUGUGGAACAUACAGUGGUGGUAACAAGAGAAAACUAAGUACAGCAAUCUCCCUGAUUGGAGAUCCUCCCUUUAUAUUUCUUGACGAGCCAACCACAGGGAUGGAUCCUGGGGCACGGCGCCAAUUGUGGAAUGUUCUCUCACAGGUCCGCGAAAGUGGAAGAACUCUCAUAUUAACAUCACAUAGUAUGGAGGAAUGUGACGCCCUGUGUACACGGUUAGUCAUCAUGGUUAACGGCCAGUUUGUCUGUCUGGGGAGCCCACAACAUCUGAAGAACAAAUUCGGGAAUGGAUACACACUGAUUGUCCGACUAUCAGCAGACAAUACCGACUCCAGAGAGCUCAAGAACUUCAUAAAAGAGCGGUUCAAGGACAGCGAGAUAUUCGAUGACCAUCACGGUUAUGUCCACUUCCAGAUUCCGGACGCCACCGUGUCGCUGUCCACGGUAUUCGGUGCCAUGGAGGAGGCGAAGUCGAGGCUGGGGUUGGAGGAUUACUCCGUCCAUCAGACCACAUUAGAACAGGUGUUCCUCACCUUCACGACCAAUCAGGUCCCGCCCAAAGAGAAGAAGAAACCCAAGGGGUGCUGCGGACUGUGCACGUGCUGCUCGUGCUGUGCGUGCACAAUGUGCUGUGGUGAGGAUUGAAAGGGUGCAGUUUGAAUUCUGUUGUUGUUGUUGUUUUUAUCCUAAACCAAAGACACAAGACUAAAAAAAAGGCACCUGCAGGAAACGCAAUUCGUUUAGACAGCAUUGUUAGAUUGAACAAGAUUGUUAAUAUAGUAUGGAAUGAAUCUCACUUACCAUAACAAAGAGAAAUAUCAGAUCGUUAUGUGGAUUUCAUGCCAACCGUUAUAUUUUUGUACUUCGUCUUUUGUGUUGAUUGUUAUUUACUAAUAAACUUGAAUAAAUAUAUUUGUUGGAUAAUUGCUAACUUUAUAUUUUUCAGAAUGGAAAACAAUGGUUUAAAGAUUUGAUUGGAAUAGAUACAUAUUAAGUUAUUAAGAUGUGGCAAAAAUACAGUCUUUUUAUUUUUCAUACUAUGGGAAAAUCAGUCUUUUUGUUGUUUAGUUUAGUUCAUAGAAAUACUCACCACGGCAGAUUAGUAUAGAAUAGUCCUAUGAAAGUGCUGUUGUUAAAGCUUGUAGUCUAACCCUGUGAUAUAAUAUUUCAUUUAUAUGUGAAACACCAGGAGUAAACUGGGAUCCACUCCUUUAUAUUUUCCAGAUAUAUAUCUUAUUUAUUCUGUUUUGUGUCAGUAGCGAUACAAUUUUCUCAUGUUUGUAAAUGUACUUGGAGAUAAGAUAAUUUAGACCUUUCUUUUUAAAUCAGAUUUUAUUUUGCAUUUUCAUACAAAUGUGAUGAUUUUGUGAUUAGCACUUCUUGUUUGAUAAGGAAAAUAAUCAGUGUCAUAAUGAAGUUUAUACUGUAGAAUAAUGAGGAUAUCCAGUUUAACAUGUACAUUGGAUGACGAAAGCAUUUAUUAUUGAGUUAUCGUUCGUGACAGAUCUCCAAAUUAUCUCAGAUUUAUAUGUCUUUCUGUUUUAUGAAUUAACUUUUUUUAUGGAAAAAAUAAAUA